AUGGCAGAUAUGAACCUCACUACACCCAACUUUGCUAAUGAGUCGGUAAGCCGCUAUAUCCUAGAUUAAUGAAGAUAUUAUUGUUUUGCAAUGCCCUCAUUUCACAGAUUGUGCUUCGUCGUACAUUCCUUUAAACGUAAAAUUUGAGGGUUUCUUUUUAAUAUUACUCGGUACUUAGUAUUACGAUACACACACGUAUUUUGAAACAUUUUACAACAGUUCUCCUUAUUUCGCCACACGUUCUCCUAAGAGGUGUAAGUUCUGUAAGAUUAAGCAGGUUACUUAAUUUUAUUCGUUUGUAUCUUUUUAGAGAAGUAACAUAUUGGAAUUUUACCGAAGAGUUGUGAUUGGCUAUGGAUACCAGCUCACGCAUUCCAUAGUUGAAUUAUUACGAGUUCAGAAAGCAUCGACUGCUCCAACAUAUUUGACGAAGUUGAAAAAAGAACUGAAACUCAUCAAACCCUUGAUUACAAGAGCAGUCAAUCUCGUAAGUUGUUAAUAAUUUUUCUCCUUACAUUUCAUACUGUAUCUCAGUUACUUUACCUCUCCAAAAACUGCAUAGUAUAGACAAGUUAUGAAAAGAUAACUUAAGGUGUAUCCUUUAAGAAACAUAAGAUAUAUCUUUUUGUUUUCUUCAUCGGCUCUUGCAGUUCACGAGACAAAGUGGAUUACAUCUCAUUCCAUUUUAUUAUUUUGUCUCUUUUCCAGGAUCGGCAACUCAAGGGCCUUCCUACACUUGGCACCACAGCUGCCAUCCCACCCAAUCGCAAUUCAAGGCCUCAGUCUCAGUCCCUCAGCUCUGUCGUAUGCCAUCUCAAGGAAUGUGUUUUAAGUGACCUCGAAAUAUGGUCGAAUGAAAUGUUCAUAGAUUUUAAGAAAUUAAAAGAUAGUUCAUAAGAUGAAAAUUCGCUAUUGCUGCCCGGACAACUUCAUCGUUUUACGAAAAGUUAAAUUCAGGUUAUUAAUUUUCAUUGCGCUCUGUGAGCUUGAAAUUAAUUCAUAGCAGCUAUGUAUUUACUCAGUUACUAUAGUUUUUAAAAUUAUGACAAUUAAGCUAUGGCACAAGGAGAGGAUUUAUUUAUUUAUUCAACAAACGUUGAUACUAAUACAGUGAAAAUGCAAAUGUACCACCCAUUCCAUGUAACUUAUGGGAAUAAAAAGAAUGUAUACAGCAUUAUACUGUUAUCUGAGGUUCACUAUUCACAAUAAAAUUUGAAAAUGCUCUAGAAGUCAAUCUAUGCAAGCUGGUCACACCAUGCCUUGUGACUUAAGUGACACUCGUCGGAUUCUUCUUGGUGCUUUAGGGAUGUCCACCUCCCACAAACUGCAAAUGGAAGCAACUAAGAGAUAAUUUUAUGGUCUCUUGAAACAAAUGACUAACCGCAGUAGAGCCGUAAAGUGCGAUGAUAAGUUAAGGUUGAGGUUACCACGAUUUUUUGGCUUUUUAAAGUAUAAUUUCAGUCAUUCGGCCACACCUGAUCCACGGAAUAGCACAUCUUCGCAGCCAUACUAACUAUGUUGAGUAUGAACAUAUACGCAGCUGAAAAUCACGAUGCAAGCCUAAACAUUAUACUCAACCGGUUGGAAAGCACUUUCUUACUUAUGCGUUCAACUCUUAUCAAGGUUAUCGUAUAAAUUCACUCCAACAUCCAAUUUUUAAAAUUGUUUUCAAAUAUUUUGAUGGAAAAAGUACUUAGUCAAAGAGGAUAUAUUUUUAGAAUAGUGGACGAUGCUGGAAGCCCUUUUUGAAGUUUAAUAAAGGUGAUAGAGAUUUAAUCACAAAAGCAGGGUUAUUCACCUACUGUUGUGAACUAGUCUUGCACAAUGCUUUUGGGAUUUUAAUGCGAUACUGCUCACAGCAGGAACCUCGUCAAUUAUUAUAGAACUCUUUGAGAACCCGGGGUUGUUAUUGAAACUGACAGUUGCCAUAGUAGUGCAUCAUGAUAAUUAUGUUAAAAUCUACUUGUGUGUACCUGCUCUUGGGGUCAUCAAUUAUUUAUUCAUUUCUUAAAGAGAAUGCAGCCAGGAUGAAAUAAAGCGAGGAAACAUUAAUAGGACCUGAAAGAUAGUUAUUAGCCACGCAUCCAUCUCAACAUCAUGGGACGGAAUGGGCGGCGCUGAGAGUUCAAACAAAACAAUGUUUCAAGGUAGGUUCUUCAAGAUUCCUUGAAGUGCAAACCAAUUGCCGCGAGCAAAGUUUGUCCACUCUACCAUGGCUGCCGAGCGAUUUUCAAAGAUCUCGUAUGUAUGUUUACAGUCAUGACACACGAUAUUACACUUAAAUUUGCUCUGCUUCGAUCUGCGGAAAACGACAUUUCGUGGACAGAAAAUGUAAAAAGAAUAGCCGGCCUUCGUUCAUAUUUAAAAUGGAUGCACUUAAAUAUAAUUUGUUUUGACAUAAUCACUCUGAGGCUUAAAUUCAAUGGUAGCAUAUUUUGAAUGUAUGAUUCUUGACAGUUGUCUAAUUGUCGAGUGAGUGCCCUGAGAAGGGCGCCUGAAGAAGUUCGAUGGUGUCAUGUGUUUUCUCCUUUGUGUCUUCGUAUCUGCUUGGCAUCUUCUUUCGAAACUGAAGGGCUUUUACCUCUGAUAGCAAAAAGUUCAUUUUUAAUUUAUUUUGCAACUUCAGUGUCAUAUUUAAAGAUCCUCGUAUUGAAGAAGUGAGAAAAGGAAAGCGAUGCUGAAUAUUGAUUCACCCGUAUGCAAAUACAAACCUCGUAAACGAACAUCGUCCAAUUGAAGUGAUGUGAUUAUCAUAAAAGGUUUCUUUCAUAACUUCUCAUUUAUAAUUGGUUUUAUAAAAUUCCGUGAGACUGAGUUGAGCUGAGUUGUUUACAACUUGAGACACCUCUUCAAUUAGAUAGUCAGCGCUUGAGGUUGAAAUUUGAAAUUGCUGUAAAAGCCACGUCUAUCGGGCUGACUAACGGUAUUUCUUAAAUUUUUCUUGACAUCAACGCUUUUAGGUUAGAGACUAUCAGAAAUUUCGUUUUAGUCAGAUACUGAACGAGUGAAAUAGUUUUCAACUGAUAAACGAUUAACAAACCUAAUGUUAUUCGAGAAAUCUUGAUAGACUCUGUGAUUCACUAAUUUUGGAAAACAUCGUGGGUGAUAAGGUGAACACAGCUACCUUCAUCCAGCUGAGUUCUGAAAGAAACUUUGAUGUGGCAUCAGUGAAGGAAAAAAAAAGACGAAGAUAAGAUAAAGAAGUAUAUUUUUCUUGUAUUUUAUACAAUACUAUUCAAACAGCAUUGACAUAUGGCAAUACCUAUUGUCUAUUCAAAGCGUCAUGAACGCGAACAGCUUCAGAAGUAUCCAGAAAUUGCCCUGCGGCGGUGCAUUUAAAAAUUAGUGAAAAACUUCCUUUGCCAUUCGAGCGAGUACGCGCCACCAAGUUCUGAAGGAACCCAAGGACAAGAGCAACUCGUGGCCGAAAAAUUUCUAUCGUCGCUUGAAGAAUGGUAAAAAUGAACAACAAUUUAACGAUAACGGCUCUUCAUUUGCUCGGAUAAUUUUCCGCGGUCAUUAUUUGUCUCGCCGGAGAAGGGAAGAAUUUUUUUCCAGAGCUGGGAGUGAAGAGAACACAUCGAUGAGUUUUCACGGAAGGUCAAGCUAUCUCAGUACUCUCUGAAAACUCUAUCUGGGUGAGUGCAAAUCACUCAUGAUCGUAUCGUAACAAGCUCUCUGUCUCUAUUGCCCGUUAAGCUACCUUGAUCUAUAAUCGUGAAGUAAGGCAUAGCUAUCGACAAGCCAUUCGAGGAAAUUGAUUUUUCAGGCUGUUGAACCGUGCACUUUUCAAAUUACACGUCUGAGAACGUUACUAAAUUCCGGAUUUCACUCCUCCAGAAUACUAGUUCGGGAAAACUAAUAAUUCUCUGGACUUCGUAUUACCUUGCGUGGCUUACAGUGUAAAUGGGGCGAUUAAAAACGUGUAUAUUUAAAAGAAAUUCUAGUCAAUUGCAAGCAACUGAUAGUAGACUACGUGUGCACGUGUCACUUCUCGCCUCAAUUUUCUUUUUGCAUCCUCUCUUUAGUUUCCAAACAUAGUUCGUCACCUCACUCAGAGAAAGAUCAAAUGCUGGAGGGAAAGAGUCCUGAGUCAAGCUGCAAAAAUAAUUUAGGCGACGAGGAAUGCGAAUGUCCCCAUGAUGAACGUCUGUCCAAGUUUGCGCACUUCAAGCAAGUCGUCAACGGUGAGUAGAAAGGCAGCUCAAGCUGGUUUGACAAUCACGAAUGCAUUAAUAGACUACGGGUAUAGGUGGACUAAAGGCAAAGAAAGAAGAGGGAACGAAUGGCGAAAGAGGUCUGGGGGUGAUGAAACCUACAGUCAUUUACAGCGGUCUUUUCCAAAACAGAAAAGUGUCAUGCGCAUAAGUUCUUGUUAUUCUUCACCUGCUGAUUUCGUUACGUUCUGCGAGAUAUUCUGCGGGAUUUUACCUUCUACGGAUUUUUUAAGUAAUGGGUCAGGACUUAGGAAAAACAAGCAGACUCUUAAGUAAGCAUUUCUCACACUGUUUUGCAAAUUUCUGGGAUUGCCGUGGCCGAUCUGCUGACUUUUCGUCUUGUUUCAGGCAUUCGGCGAAAAGGUGGAAAGAGAGGAUUGGACACGAAAUCGGAUCUUGGGUCGUCUACAGGUAAGAAGUUGAGCUUGUUUUCCCGUAAAUAACCGAUGAAAGUCCCAAGGUUUGUCAAGGGCUGUGAUUUAUACGCUUACUAAAUUAGAUGCAAUAUAACUGGGGUGCAUCUGUGGGAAUUUGACCAAUAAUCAAAUUUUUUUUGCACAGCAAGUUUAUACAUUUGUCUAGUAAGUUAGUUCAUGUACAUAGUGUUUGAUAAUUUAAUUUAUCUUCUUUACAUUUACACGUUGGGGAGACAUGUUGUAUCGUAAAUUUACUUUAGUCUUAUGUUCUACAGUAGCUCUUUCUUUUUGCGAUUCAAAAUGUAUUCGAUUCAUCGUUGUUUUGUUUAUAGUUACAUGUUCAGGAGACAUUUUGUAUGGAACAUGUAUGUUAUACAUGCACCAGUAUUCUCUCUCCAACUAUAUUUAACGUUAACCUACUGAAAGUCAAACAUAUCAUGUUUGUGUUCAGUUCUGACUGCAGAUUUACACACACUGUUCAAGACUUCUGAGAAAGAUUUCCGUAUAACCUCGCGCCGUACUAAAACAAAGCUGUCGUUCCAAAAGCAACCAAUUGUUUUCUUUAUCCAAGAACUGCAUGUAUAAUGAGUAUGAGGCUGUGUGGAAAUAUUGUUGACUUCUAUACUAUAUGUGGUGGUGAAAAUUUUCACUUUGUUUAAAAAUUAUUUAACCUGCUUGAUUGUGAUUUUCCUUUGCUGUAGACCUAUUGAUGUAACCUUUGACAAUGGAAAACAUUCUAUUGGUUUGGGAAUUUUAUAGACCAAGUACAAUUUAAAAAAAUCAUUGAUAACCUUUUGUGACAACAAUUGCUUCAUAUGCCCUGUAUGUCGUGGUAGAUGAUAAUUUUAUUUCGGGUGCUUGUUGUUUACAUGCAUUUUUUUGCAACAAAUUAUCUGCCUUGCCAGUACUGUCUGAUAUUCUGAACUAGAUCUUAAUAUGCAGUCAUUUGGCAGCAAGAUAAGCCAUGUUUUGAGAGCACAAUAUUCAUUGUAGUAUUUUUUUAUCUGCCCACUGUAAUCCUAGACAAUGAUUAUAUCCCACAAAGAUGAAAUGGAAAAUGGUAUUUUUUUUCCUGCUAUAAUACAUGUGGGAACCACUUUUUAUACAAUGCAUUUCUGGCAAAUCACAUGUCAAAUGGUGAAAAUAUCUUUGCUCAACAUCCAGUCUUUCAUUCCAUUUCUGUGCUUUAGUAACAAAGUCUGUUUUGUAUGCUCUUUGAAGCUUUCUUAGCUGUCUUGGGCAGGUUUGAUAUGUUAACGUGAAUGACUGAGAGAGUCUGGCAGAAACAAUUUACUUGUGAUAAUGGCCUUACUUAGUCUUACUCAUAUCACCCUCUUCCUGCAACAGGGUAGUGAAUAUUUCCUACAUGUGUGUUUGAACAUCAAUAAAUUGCUUACACUCCUGUGUAAAAUGGUGUUUAUUUAUUGAUAUUAUGGGUAGUUUUAAAUGUAAUUGGCUAACUAUCUUUAUCUUCAGAUCAAAAUGCAUUCACUCAUGUUCAAUAGAGUGGAAAGUCAGUUCCUUGUUUUAAUUUUAUUGUCUUCAUUUUCAUAUGAAUACCAGGAACAGGUACAUAAAAUCCUGUUUUUAUUUCAAAGCAAAACUUUCCUUUCUCUCUGGUCAAACCCUGAAAUCCUAUCACCAAUACUUUCAAUCUUAUAAUAAUUCAAAACAUUGUCCUCUUCCUCAGCAGGUUUGAAUAAUCAUGAUUCCCCCUUGUGUUGAAUUAUUAAUGAACUUCUAUUGUGCAUGUACACAUUAUGAAUCUGCAUUAGUUCUGUGAUGAAAUGAAGAGUUGUCUCUGAUGUAUAAUGUGAUCAUAUCUGUAAUCAAAUCUGUAUAGUUUUAAUUUAAUCUUGAUUAUAUUCAGUACAAGGACUCGGGGAAAUUUUUGGUUUUCAUAUACAUUACUUUAUAUAUAGCAACAUAACAUAUGUCAGAGCAUGUUAGAAGGCAAAUGUGUUGACAUUUUAAAGUUGCAUUUUAGGCUUAUUUGAUUCAAACCACAUGUUGUCACUGGCUGCUGCCUUAUUUGAAAAUCACUUGUGGUUGGAUUAUUCAGUAGGAUGAGUGCAUUUACAUGUGUUCUAUAUUUUAUUUAAGAUUAGAAUUCACCAACACAGAGAACUCUAAAAAUUACUAAUCAAUGUAAUCUUUGAGCAGGUUUACAUCCCUAAAACAAAAUAAUGUUCAUUUAUACAUGUGCAAGGCUAUUGGUCUAAAUUUUCACUUUUUACUACUAUUCAUAUAGAUUUGUUAUGUAGGUAAUUAAAUAUGAAAACAUGAUUUUUUUAUAAUUCAGUACACUAUUUUCCCUUUGCUGUUUUGCCUCUUUGUUUGCAAUCUUCCAUUAGAAACAUAUAGUCAUUCCUUAAAAUUUAUUUAGUAUGUGUACAACCAUCAGAUGACUUUUGAUGGUUUGUCUUCUUUUUUUUUUUUUGUCUAAAUGUUGAUCCAGCUUCCUCCAACUAAAAGUGGCUUUAAGAUUUUAUUACAGACAGGAACACAACAAUAGUAUUAAUUAUUGAUAGAAAUGUGUAACUAUGUACUUAUGCAUGCGCAUAUUUAUGUACAUGCAGUAAUUGCUAACUGUCAGGAAAAGGAAAGCAUAAAAGGUGAAAACAAACACCACUCACAAAGUAUUUUAUAUGAUAUUUUACAUUUUAUAUUUAUUUACUCAUACAUUUAGAUUUAUGUGUCCGUGUAGAUGGAUAUGAUACAAAUGCAUUUUAGAGACAUCCAUGUCUUGGCCAGUGAAAUCAUGAUGGGGAAUGGCUUCAGCAAUAGUUAAAGUACAGCAUUGAAGAUAUAUGAUACUUGUUUUAAUACUUGUUAUGACCACAUUUAUCUGGACCAGUUGUUGGCUUAUUCUUGUCCCUUCUAAUGUUGGUCUUUGCUAGACUGUUUACAAACUCUGUCUUCAUUUUCUUUCAUAUAGACCAUGACAGUAGAGAUGCCAGUUUACAUUUUGGAGUACGAGUGGAGGGAAUUGAAGAGCUGAUGUCAAAUACAAAAUUCACCAGACAGGAAUUACAAAGGAUGUACAGAGGGUUUAAAAAUGUUAGUGGCUUUACAUGAACAUGCAUAUGGCUGUUAAUUUGAUUGUAAUGUGUAUACCUGAUUCAUUAGUUUAAUUUGAUGUCCUCUCCUAUACUCUGCGUGGAAGUAUAUGAGCUGAUGGAUUACUGUUUUCAAUUACUGUGCUCUGAUUUGUUUCUAAGCACCAAGCUAAUAAGGCUCAAGAAGAAGGGGGAAGCAUUACCUUUUAUAGUUGAAAACCCUGUUCAUUUUAUCUGUUCCUUCUGCAUUGUGCAUGUUUACAACAGAGAAGAGAUAAGUGAAGUUAGAACUAGCAUUUUUUAGACCAUUGAGUAUUUUGAAACAUUGUAACUGUAAUUGAUUUUCACUCAUUUUUCAGGAAUGUCCUAAUGGCACAGUUGACAGAGAUACAUUUAAGAAAAUUUAUGCCCAGUUUUUCCCAUAUGGAGGUAUAGUAGUUUAUAUAAAUAACCAUUAAGUAAUUAAUCAUUCGAGAAGAAAAUUGGUUUUAUAAAUCCCUAUGGAUAUUUAGUAGACCUUUGAGGGCUAAUUUCUUUCUUUCUUUUUUUUUUAUGUUCCACCCAGAGAUCUUUACUAUCUGUCUGUGUUUAAAACUAGAAUGCACUUGGAGAAAGAUAAAAAGGAGAAUAGUUUUAUUAGUGUAACUGAUUACUGUAUGUGAAUAGGGUGAAUCAGAUUACAUGAUUGUAUAUUGAACAGUUAUUAUCUUCCAGUUACAGGUUUUUGAUUUUAUGGUUGAUGAUAUUAUCUGUAUCUGCAGCUUACAGUAAAUAGAAAUGUAUUGUGGAGUGUUGGCCAUAAUAUUUUAAGGACCAUUUUACUUUUAACAACUGAAUGCGAUUCACUGGUGUGUAACUGUACAGAUUGAUCUGCUUCAUUUACCUGCUGUCAGAAAAGCAAUUGCAAAGAGAUCUUUUUAUCACUGGGGUUGUAUUGAUUUUAAUAAAUUUUCUAGAUAAUGAUAUAUUGAAUAAGCAUUUAUUUUUAUUGUAAAAUUUUAAUAUUAUGUAUAAGUUGACAUUAAUUUUUUGAAACUUUUGUAUAGAAUUGAUUUUAUGAAACUUCCAUGUAACAUAAAUUUUAUGCAACUUUUAUAUGACAGUUAUGUUACUGUGCUUCUGUUGAUAGCAGGUUGCUUUCAAGCACCUGAAAAGACCACCUUGAACCUAAAAAUUAGAUUAAGGCGUCUGUCCCUCUAUACUGCGAUGUACAGAGUACAAUUUCACAUACAGUGUUCAACCUACUCCUAAUUGUCAAUACUGUUGUACACUUGGCUCAAUAUCUGUUUUCUGUUUAGAUUCAAGUCUUUAUGCAAACCAUGUCUUCAAUGUGUUUGACCAUGAUAGGGAUGGAAAAGUCUCUUUUGAGGUAACUGAUUUUUGUACAGGCACCACAUUUUUAAACAUACACCUGUAUAUGUACAUUUAUCUAUAAAGCAGGGAGGUAAAUAUCCAAUGCUCUCAUUGACAUUACGGUGAAUAUUUUUAUUCAUAUACAUGUACAUGUAUGCCACACGGAUACCAAAAUCUAAGUUUAUUCCUUUUAAUAUACUGAAAAAUGUUCAGAAAUUAAACUCUUUAUGUGUAAUUUUGCCUCAUUGUCUGAGCAGAGGUGUAUAAUACUUGCUAGUCACUUCCAAACUAGCAAAUCAACACAUGCAAAAAGUAAUAUUAACUUGUCUGGUGUGUACUAAAAGCUGAUAUAAACUCAUAUUAUUUUGCAAUUUUAUUGUCACGACAAUAAACAUACAGGAACUUUUCUAAAACACUAACAUAAGUGAGGUGUUAUACAGUGAGACAAGUGUAUGACUAUGCCACACUUAGUGAAACUCUUAAGUAAAAGGGGAAUAGUUUAGUGAUGUCAAUAAAAAUGAGGUCAAGAGAAGUGAGACAAGUGUAUGACUGUGCUGCACUUCUCUUGAUCUCAAUUAUUUCACUAAAUUAUUCCUCUUUCCCUUAGGAGUUUCACUGUAAGUGGAAACCUUUUGUAAAAUUAAGAUUACAAUUCAAGCAAAUGCACAAAACACAGUUGAACUUUAAAAUGUGUAAGAUUGGUUGUUCCUGCUUGUUCAGUUUUAAGGUCACUGUAGUUACUGUAUAUUAUUUUAUUAUUUUGAAUUAUAAUAUGUAUUAUUUAUUCAUGAGUGUAGCGAACUUAUUCUUAUUAUCAUUUCAAGAAGUGGUAACUGUCAAAUGCAGUAGUCACUGUGGCUAUAGUCAGAAGAUGCUUGAUGAAAAUUCUUAUUUAACCCUUUAACCCCCAAGAUCUCAUUAAUGGUUCUCCUUACUGUCUGUCAUAUAGUUCUUGUGAUGUUAGUUUGGAGAAUUUGGUGUUGGAUCAACUAAUAAUCCCCUAAUUAAUAUUUCUCAUCACUCUCAUCAGUUGUCUGCUUGAUAUUGUAUUGAUAUUGUGAGGAGAAAUUCUGUCUUGGAGUGAAAGGGUUAAGACAGCUGUUGUUAAUUUCCUAGGACUUUGUUACUGGCCUGUCAUUGUCACUUUAUGGCAGUAGGGAGGAAAAAAUGAGAUGGGCAUUCCAGUUGUAUGAUCUCGAUGGUGAUGGGUUCAUAACAAGAGAGGUUGGUUUAAACAAAUGCAUAAAAUCUUUUAUUUAUUUAGUAUACACAUUUUUUAAAAACAUACAAACAUGUAUGAUCAAAAUUCUACCACCAGUGUUGAUUAUGUUCAUGCACAUGCAUUGUACUCAACUUAAAUACUUUUAAAGUGGUAGAAUCCAGAAAACGAGUCUUUUCUGACUAUGCAUGUAAUUUUUUGAGGUUUUUCCCAGUACUCAUAUUUUUUUUGUUUCCAAUUCUUACAUAGAAGUCCAUCUUCAUGUCAAUCUUAUAUUGUGAAGUUGUACUUAUUUAAAUUUGUACAUCAAAGACACUUUUUUUUUUGUAAGGAUGUAAAACAUGUACAUGCACAUAAAAACAUUUGAGAAGGGGAAAGGGAGGGCUUUUGCCUCACUGUCAGCAAAAUGAAUUUAAUUUUUUUCAUAAAGGUAUAAACAUUUGGUCUAUAAUGAUUGUUAUUAUAGGAAAUGGCUACUGUGGUUCAUUCAGUGCACUGUAUGAUGGGUAUUGACACACUGCCUACAGGUGCUGAGAUGGGUGUUGAUGAACAAGUGGAGAGACUAUUUAUGGUGAGAAAUGAGCACACAUAGUUUUAGCAAGUUAUACUGUGUGUAUGUGUCAUUUAAAACUAAAGGCUAUGGUUGGCAUUAUAAAUGUCUGCUAGAAUGGGGCCUUACCCAUAACCUGAAACCUGAGGUACAUGUUACCAAUGAUGAUCAUGAAGGUGUUAUGCUACACCAGCAUCUGGGUGGGCAUAUAGGAGCUUACACUUUGCUUCAUACAAUCUUAUUGAAAGUUAUGUGACAGAAAAAAAAUUUAUUCAAAAAUUGAACAAAGAAUUUGUAUACGAAUAAGGUCUAAACUCUAAAUAUGACUGAGCAAUUGGGAGUAAAUGAAGGGGUGGUCAUUUUGAUUGGAAACUAAAUAUCUAUACAUUGUAUUAAACAAAAAUCAGUUAACUAAAGAUUGUCAACUGGUCUGAUUUCUUGAUUCUGGGACCAAGUAUUACCUAAACCCCGAAUCCAUUGUAGUUUGGUGUAAUAUUUAGUACUACAUGUACUUUCUUAAUAUUUCCUCUAGCUAAUGGACAAGAAUCAAGAUGGUGUUAUAUCAGAAGAGGAAUUUUUACAAGGUUGUGAAAAGGUAAGGACAUAAAGUUCACCAAAUUACAGUGUAUACCCUUUGAAUGAUAAAGACAUGUCUAUAUGCAUAUAUAAUGCAGUAUCUAGUGGGGAAGGAAUUGUGUGGUCUUCAUCAAAGUGAGGCUCCUUUCUUCCUAUAACUUCUUAUCCUAGAACUUAGUUUACAUGUACUUGUUGGUAACAGUACAUUGUACAGCUGUGUAUGAUCAACCAGUCAUAUGGCACAAGAUGUUGUCAGCUGUUUCUGAUUCAUAGACUUUGGUUUUAUCAACUGAGUUGAUAAUGUAAGUUGGCCACUGUUAGGAGUUACAAUUUCAAACAUUGACCCUUCAUUAGAAAGAAAGGUAAGGGCUAAUGGUUGAUACUUCAGCUUUAGAAGAUCUUUACAAUGGCCAAUUUACAUCAUCAACUCAGUUGAUAGAACCAAAUUACAGCAACUUGUACUACCCCUCACUGAGGCAGCAUAUCAGUUUCUUUAGAAACUUAUUACCCUUUGAUUCAUAUACUUAUGAUUUUUGAAAUUUAUUACUAAUAGUUAAAGUGGAAUAUAUAAGUAGGAUAAUUUUUCCUUAUCAUCCAACUGCACAGAGGAGAGUACAAAUAAUGCACAAAUCGAGUACAGAUAUCCUACAAUAUUGUACAGUUGGUUAUUUUGUACUGUAAAAACACUUGUCAACCUUUCAGCUACACAUGCUAGGCUUCUUUAAUCUGCCUGGCUUUUCUCAUGUUUUAAGAAAUGUGCAUGAAAUAAAGCAGUUGGUUAAUAAAUAACUUAUCAGACAUUUUUGGUGUGAAGUAGGGCUGAUUAUUUUUGUUCUUUGUUAAUAUUUUGACCCACCCUAUGGGCUCCUAAAAAUAUGGCACAACUUGUAAAAAUACUCAGCAAUAUCUGUUAACAAACAAUGUGUCUGAGUCAACAUAGUUAACCAUUCUGUGCAUUGGUCUCCCUAUGGGACACUUUGAAAGCAACAGGCUGAAAUCUUCCAAAUUUAUAAAACUCAUCAGAUGGAUUUCAUUUAUUAAUAUUUGAUAAUUAUUAUUGAUUGACUUUUCAGGAUGAGUCAAUAAAGCAAAGUCUGGCAAUGUUUGACUCUGUUAGGUGAACAGAAUACAAAGACAAGAAAAUAACCAGCAAUGACAAAUUGAUGUUAAUUUAUUAUUAAUUAAUACUAAUGCUUCAUUAAUUAUAAAGAAAGUAUUGUGCUAUUUAUGGCUAUCAAAGGAAUUGCUCAGGAAUUUUGAUAUGAAAUUGAAGAUGUUCUAAUCAAUCACUAAUAAUUUAAGGUUGUCAUUAUAAUAAUGAGUGUUGUUGCUUGUUUUUCUUCCAAGCACCAGGAGUUAUCAAUAUAAGAUAUUACAAUAUUCUUUUAUGUAAAUGAAACACUACACUGUUAAAAAGAGGGUAUGUUAGAUAAAAGGUUAAUGUAGCCAAACCCCUGGAGUUUAACUUUCCUCAGAUUAAUUGUAGAAUUUUAUGUGGUACCACAAUCUGGUACCAUGACAAAAAUUUUUAAAACUUGGCAAAGUGUUUUUAAACGAGAAAGCAAAAGCUUUGGAUCACUUAAGAAGGCAAUUAGGACUUCAUUUAUCAUGAACCAUCAUCAUGAGGACAUGAUGUAUAAUUUAGAUUCCACAGGAUAUGCCAAUUCAACAAGCUCUGUGAGUAGUGGCUCUCACAGGUGUAAUAUAACAGUAUUCAAUUGAUCUACUGUGGUGGGACCCAUCAAUUUUUUAAUGAUGAAGAACAAAUUUUCUUGUUAGUUGAUAUAGAAACUCAGAUAGCUAUAAUCAAAUUUAUUUAUUAUGGUUAUAAUCCAUAUUUAAUGUCAAGUCUUAUGAACCAAUUUAGAUAUACAGCAACAUUAUUCUGAGGUGAGGUAUUGCAACUCAGUAAGGAUGCUAGCAUUUUGAAUUGUAUUAUUUACCUAAUAUUAAAUUUUUUACAAGGCAGUGUGCCUAUUUAUGCAGUAUCUAUAUUUAGUAUUGCAAAUAUUAUUAUGUACAUGCUGAUGUUACUGAUAAACGUGGA